UGCCAAGUGUCUUCUUAUAAGCUUCCGGUUUAGAGUCCCGCUCCUUGAAAGCAGCAGCUCUACCCUUUAGCUCAGUGAGAAUGUUGUCCAUGGAUUCUGGUUGGGGCAUGUACGUACUAUUUCUUAUUGUUGUUGCCUUGUCAAGAAGGAACCUGCAAGUAAGCAUUUCGUUGGAUGAUGUAUCCCAUACAUACUAGUAAAAUAACUUGCGCAAUUUAGGCCAUCGUUUCUCGGUCAUCAUGCAAACGGCCACCUUUGUGACGCUAACCACAAUAAAUAUAAAUCACAAUAAUGGAAUUUGCAGUUCGCCUUCUAAAUAAAAGUCCCCUUUGAAACGGAUCCAAAUAGUGGAAUAAUGCUAAACAAGGUUGGAAUGUUAUAUAACUUAAAUGGAUACAAUAAUUAAUUAAUUUCACAAGAAACUGUAAACAACGUUCAAAUCCCACUGUGACUGCAUAAUUGCAUUGGGGGCAUAGUUAUUCAAUAUACAGCCUAACCCUCAAACUCAAGGUGGCAUUCUGCCUUACCCCUACAGUUUUCAUCCAUUAGCUUUUCCCACGACUACAAUCCCAACACUGUAUUUUAACGUUUAGAAAUACCAAUAAUCGUUGCUUGCGAUACGGCUUUAGAAACAUAUGGGCCUCAUCUUUCAUCAGAAAGAAUCCUUUAAAUAAAAAUGAUUAACUUACUGUAGUAGUUUUGCACAUAUCCAUAAAGCUAUGGGUACCUCCAUCCGACGAAACUACGCUUCUACUACACUUCCCGAGUUAUGUUUACACACGGGUGUUCGGAGCAUGCUAGAUAUGUAAUUAGCGCAGGUGGUAGUUCGCCUCAUGUCUUCCGUAAACAAGCAUUGUAAACAUGAAAAUAUGCCCGUGUGGGAACACUAACCCUAUCAAGCUUCACAGGCCACACAAGACACAUCCACAGCUGUGCGGAAAUGACACUGCAGGCGCGCGCCCCGACACGUCACGCGAGACGACACAGACCCCCCUUCCAAAAAAGGAGAAACACGAACAGUGUGAAAUUCCCACGGCAGAGAUGUUGACCACGUCUUCCAUUACUGCAAAGGACUACAUUAAACCGUAAAGGAUAUGAAUUCCUCUGACCAUAGGGAAAACACAGAUGGCGAAAUGCUGGAGAUAGAGCGAGAACCCAUUCAAGACAUCAAGACGGAGACAGAUGAAUGUUCUAUUAGUGAGACAACUGAAGGACCCCGAAGAUGGUACCUUGGAACUAGUGAGGCCACCAGGAAACGUACUGCCAAGGACAUGGGCUGUGACUCACACAAUUCUAAACUGCUCCAGUCUACCAGCAGCAAAAGAGUCAGGGUCUCUAGUGAGGCAGGGCGACGCUUGCUGAGGAGAUUGUCUGAAGAGUCCACAAGGCCACAAUCUCUCUGCCUGACAUCUGCAGAGAAGGACCCUGCCCAGGAGAAGACUAUAGCCUCUUACAGAAAGCCUCUCUACAGCAUCUCUCACAGAAUCACAGAGAAGAAGCACAUAUCAAGCCUGGACCAGCAGGCUCAGCAUGAGGGAGGAGUGCAGCUAAGCUACAGCAAUAUCUUAUCCCCUCAACUGGUCAAUACAGGGGAGCACAGCCGAAGUGAACCCCUCUCUGCCCUGGGGGCAGCAGGGUCCAUGUCUUCAACAGACUCUAAUCUAUACUCCCUCAUUGAGAAGAUGUUUUUCAUCCUCAAUACGCUUAACUCAAGCAUGACCCAACUGCACAGCAAGGUGGAUCUACUUUCCCUGGAGGUCACUCGCAUCAAAAAACAGGUCAAACCCUCAGAGAUGGCAACUGAGUUCCAGCCUCCUCCAGAAUACCUGUUAACAAGUGAGGAGCUGAGUCAACUGAUGGAGCAGACAUCAAAUGCUGGCGAGUUGGGUUGUCGACUGCUAGUACAUCUCUUCCCAGAACUUUUUAAAGCCAAGGAGUGCACUCCUGGUUGUAUUGCCAACAAGAGAACGUUGGAUUCCCUACAGCUGCAGCUAAUACGCAACUAUGUGAAGGUGUGUUUUCCUCUGGUAAAGAAUAACAACAUUUGGCAGGAUGAAUGCCUAUUACAGAUUAAUAACUUCUUUAACCGCUUCUGGGCUCAGAAGGAUAUGGAGAGCGGGCCACAGUCAUGUGGGAGACAGACUAUUACAGACUUUGGUUUAAAAGCUGAACGGAACCAGCCCUGCCAUUUUAUAAAUGAGGAGGGGCAAGAAGUGCACCUCGACUUAGACUCCAAUAGUGACCACACCAACAAUAAAGUAGUAGUGCCAGACCUUGUGUUUGACACUCAGGAGGUUGGAGAGGAUCUUGAUAAGCUCUCCUCCCCUGAAGACUUUAUGUUUCUUGUAAACAGAGUUUUCCCAGAGGUUUUUGAGGAGGGGAAAUUACUAGAGGGUAGUGUGGGAAAGAUGAUCCUGGACUCGGACAGGAUAGAGAUUAUCCGUAAGUACAUGGAAGCUAAUUUUCCUGACGUCCCAGAGGAUAGUUGGCUGCAUGUGUGUGUGCAGCGCAUAGAAGAUGCAAUAGAGGGUUAUCACAGUAACAGUAAUGGCAGUGAGCCUGAGAACAUGAACGAUGAGAGCUAUGGCUCCACAAGCCUCCCUGAUGAUGUCUCUAUCAUCAAGAUCAGUGACAUGUGUGACUACGAGAGACCAGGUCAUAGGUCAAAAAAGUCGUUGCUUGUGCCAGUCGAUUUUGAACAACUUGAGAUCCCCCUACCAGAUUUCAGUGUGCCUCAAGAGUAUCUGCUCUCUAGGGAGCAACUGAGGAACAACUAUGACUGUAGCUUGUCAAUUGGGAACUUUGCCUCUCGCCUCUUGGUACUUACAUUCCCUGAGCUCUUCACCUACGAGAACACACGGAAGCAUUACAACUGUAGUGGCUCUCUCGGGAAGAAACAGCUUGAUCCUGUGCGGGUCAACCUUAUUCGCCACUAUGUAGAGCUACUAUAUCCACAGGCCAAGAAUGACAGAGUGUGGACCCUGGAAUUUGUGGGUAAACUGGACGAGCGGUGCAGGCGACGAGACACGGAACAACGGAGGUCGUACCAGCAGCAACCCAAAGUCUAUGCUCCUGAGUUGGAGCAAGGGCCUGUGGACUUUGUGGCUGCUUGCCAAGUGAACCAGCUCAACACAGAGCACUUGAAGGAGGACUUUGAGAUCCCUCCACUACCCCCUGAAAAAAGUAGCAAAGACUUCUGCAUGAUCCCCCUGGAGGAAUUGAAGGUGUCGAUUCCAGACUUCCCAGUGCCUUUGGUCUACUUGCUCUCAGACACUGAGGUGCGAGAGAUUGUCCAGCAGAGCCUUUCAGUGGGAAACUUUGCCGCCCGCCUACUGGUGCGCCUCUUCCCUGAGCUCUUCACUCAGGAGAACCUGCGGCUUCAGUAUAACCAUUCAGGCGCCUGCAACAAGAAACAGCUGGAUCCAGUGCGUCUCAGGCUCAUCCGCCACUAUGUAGAAGCCGUGUACCCAGUUGAGAAGAUGGAGGAGGUCUGGCAUUAUGAAUGUGUGCCAAGCAUAGAUGAGCGAUGCCGGCGGCCCAACCGCAAGAAGUGUGACAUAUUGAAGAAGGCCAAGAGAUCAAAUACUGUGUCCUAGUAGCAAAGCUAAAGGCAAUUUAUUUUUUAUUCUAAAUAUUUGCACAAGUACAGAAGCUGAAUAGCAUAGUGGAGCCUUUGCACACUGUCCUGUGUAGGAUAAGGCCAACUUGUAAAGGCAUUUCAUUAGUACUCAAUGUAUUUGUAAUAUUGAACUACAGUAUUAGUUUAGUUUUUCAUCGUCUGCUUGUUUGAGAUUAUAGACUGUAUGUAUACACCAAAACAAGUGUCAUAGCUCAUCUAAUUUACCCUGUAUAUAAGAUGUGUAGCCUUAACAAUAACCAUGUAAAUAGUACAAAGACGUCACAGGCAAAGAUGGAUAAAAAUUGUGAUUGUUUUUUUUCCAUUGGUUGUGGCACUACUGGUCUUUUAUAACAAUGUUCUACCUUCUUAUAGAAUUUUGUAUUAUAAAUAUGUAUUAAACCAUGGCAACAGA